GUUCACGGACUGGUUUGUGUUUUGAAAAACGUUAGCAACAAACGUGUUUAUGUGAAGCGUUUUCAUGCAGUUUCUCAGCAGAUAUGCCCCGUUACUGCGCCGUGAAGGUGUGCAGAAACCGCGGGGGAACUACACCCAGACCACACAACAAGAGAAUCAGCUUCUACCCGUUUCCCUUACAAGACAAGACCAGACUGCAGAAAUGGGUGGACAACAUGAAGCGGGAAGAAUGGGCCCCGAGUCGCCAUCAGUACCUGUGCAGCGAGCAUUUUACAGAGGACUGCUUCGAUAUCCGAUGGGGCAUCCGCUACCUGAAGAACACAGCCAUCCCGACUGAAUUUCCCUCCAGUGGGGAUGAUGCAGAGAAAAAGGUUACCACCAUUAAAAGAAGCCCUAAGGCCAAACUCAAGACUUUGGAUAUUGACACUGAAACCAAAGGAUUUGACUCUCCUCUCAGCACUAAGCCACUCAUUUUGAGUAGAACAUGCAACAAGGUCCAGUCAAAUACAACAAACGGCAUUGAAGCUGAGCACACUGGGAUGAUAUUUGAAUCGCCUCUGGUGUCGGACACUUGCAUCUCCUGUCCUUCAAAGGAGACACAAACUGCUGCUGCUGGUGAGUUACCAGGCAUGCCGAAAGCAUCGUGCCUCACACUGUUCCGACGCGAUGAGCCUCAUCCUGAAGAGCAGGCUCCCUCCAUUGUGACUGUGUUGUGCUGCGAGUCACUGGGCCCUUUCUCAGAAGGAGAGGAACAUGUGGACGCAGCUGCCCUCCAAACCGCUCUGGGCCAGGCUUUUAGCUUCGUCCCUGUGGAAAUAGUCAUGGACCAAACCAACGCUUGCUUUUCAGAGGAGACACCCAGCUAUUUCGAGCACAUUUCUGUUUACGAGCACUCGUACUGCAGGCCGGACACGGACAAGGAUCAGCUGUGGCAAAAGAUCUUGAGUUUGCAUGCAAAGAUCUUGGAAAUGGACGAAAGGGAAGUGAGCACCAUGGACAAGAUCCGUGCUCUGGAGACAGAGGUAGCCCUCCUGAAGAAAGACGGUUGCGUUUUUAAAGAGAAGCAGAACAUUUUAGAAGAUUAUAUCACAUCCAUGCUGCUCUGAUGAGCGUGGGUUUCAAUUGUUACCAUUGAGCGACUUGCUGAUAUGUAAUGUUACACAUGCUCCCAUACAAUCAAUCAAUCAAUCAAUGUUUAUUUAUAUAUCACAAAUGUUACAUUUGUCUCAGUGGACU